AUGAUUAUGCCGAUGCCUACACAACAAAUGCAAAUAAUGACCCAAAGUCAUUUCACCAGCCAAAACUCAUUCGCUCCUCAGGGACAGGGAAAUGUUUCUUUUGUGCCUGCACAACAAGUUGCCACACAAAAAACAAGUUAUCAUCAGACUGCAUUUAGUCACAGCACUCAUCAGGAUAUAAUUCAAAAACCUAGCUAUAAUAAUAAUAAUAAUAAUAAUCAUCAUCACGAUGUACACGUUAAAGAAAAAGAUGUUACGGAUAAGGACUCAAUAGUGAGAUGUGAAAAAAAAACCAACGAAUGUCCAGCCGUUUCACAUUUAGUACCUGUAGGAAAAGAAAAAACUCCCAUGUGUCUUGUUAACGAAUUGGCCAGGUUUAAUAAAAUUACUCAUCAGUAUAGAUUAACAAACGAGCAUGGUCCGGCACAUAAGAAAAGUUUUACAGUUACUUUAACGCUUGGAACGGAGGAAUACACCGCAGAUGCUCCAAGCAUCAAAAAAGCUCAGCAUUCGGCUGCGGCGGAAGCAUUAGCGAAAACAUCAUUUGCUCAUCCGACGCCGAAAGUUCACAAAAGUCUUAAUUCUGCCAAAUCUAACAUCACUCCGACAGUCGAACUAAACGCGUUAGCAAUGAAACGUGGCGAGUCGGCCAUAUAUAAAUUAUUGGAUCCUUCUCAAAAUCAAAACGUUUAUCAACAAAAUUCACCCUUUCUCAGAGGAGGAAGAAUACCAAUUAAAUACACUUACACUCAAAAUAUUCUUUACACGGUUUCGCUUAAAGUUGGCAGUUGGGAAUUUUUCGGUGAGGGUGGUUCACCUCAAGCAGCCAGACACGAUGCCGCAUCAAAAGCUUUAACGCAAUUGAAAAGGCUACCGAAGGCUACAGAAGGACCACCGAGCGUUUGUCCCGUUCAAAAAGAAACAAACAGUAAACAAAGUAUCAACAUCAAUCACGAUUUCGAUUCGUCUAUCAAAUCACCUGUGAGUUUAGUUCACGAAUUGGCUUUAAGAAGGAGUAUGAGCGUGACAUUUGAAGUUGUCGAAGAAAGAGGACCGCCACAUUUGAAAAUAUUCGUUACGAAAUGUACGGUAGGCCCAAUAUCGACGAUCGGUGAAGGUAGUAAGAAAAAGGUAUCUAAAAAAAGAUCGGCGGAAAAUAUGUUGGUAGAAUUGAAAAAAUUGUCUCCAUUACCACCUCAAACGUUUGUACCCAAUCCGACGAAUGUCACGACGACUAAAACAAAGAAAAAAUUUUCACAAUCGAAAAAGAAAUCUAAAAAUCUCGUUAAAAUUGUUCAGGAAGUAGAACCGGAACCCAUAAUAAUAGACGAUAAUAUGAAUCCCAUUUCGAAAUUAAUUAAAAUUCAACAAGUUAAAAAGGAAAAGGAACCAUUGUACACGAUUCUGGAAGAAAGAGGAAGUUCAAAGAAGAAGGAAUUUUUAAUGGAGGUUUCGAUUAGUAAUUUAAAAGCUACAGGUACGGGUCCAAGUAAAAAAUUAGCUAAAAAAGCAGCUGCGGAAAAUCUACUCAGUCUGUUGGGAUAUGGAAAACCAUCGGAUAAUCAUCAUCAUCAAUCCAUCAAACCCGCUUUGAAAUCUCAGGAUAAAUCGCAAGAUGGAAGCAAAAAGGCGAGUCGGCAUUUUUUUGUAAUUUCAUCGGGAGAAUUCGUGUUACGAUUUAUAGUAACAUUCAUCGACGCGACGGGAAAACCUGAUAACAAUACCGGUGGAGGAGGUUCACUGGGAAGACAAUUAAAACCGGGGAUUUAUGUGAUAUCGACGGAUUUGCACUGCGUGUCGAAUAGUCCGUGCACUUCGAUCAACAUGCAAACAACGGCGACAAUAGCAAAAGAAUUAUUAAAAGGUGGAAUUUCUCCGACGGCGGAUGCUCUCGUACAAAAAUCUACCGUAGUUACAUCAAGUAGUAGUAGUAGUAGUACAACAACAACAACAACAACAGCAACAACCACAACAACAUCUCAACCUCCUCAUAAUUUCAGACCGAAAGAACAACUUUUAUACUUAGCGGAUUUAUUAAAUUUUCAAGUACAUUUUUCGGAUUUUCCAAAGGGUAAUCAUAGUGAAUUUUUAAGUUUAGUCACAAUGUCGACGGAUCCGUCGCACGUUUGCCACGGUUCUGGACUCAGCAUAGAAGAAUCACAGGACCAAGCUGCACUUACGGCUCUCACCGCGCUGUCGGAAAUGGGUUUAGAUUCCGUCACGUCGCACAGUUCUACUACAACAACAACAACCAAAGAAAGUAAAAAAAAUGGAAAGGGAAUGAUGCCGUCAUUAAAAAAGUAA